AUGGAGCCUGCAGCAGGCCGGCUGCCGCUCCAGGUGCUGGGAGAGAACGAGGCGCUGCAGCAGUUCUUCAGUGGUCAGGAUGUGAGUGGUGUGUUGGACAGCUCUGUCGCCGUGGAUACGAGCAUCCUGGAGCGGUACCUCAGCAAUGACAUGGACCCCAACAGCUUCAUGCUCCCUGAGUCUCCUCCUGACUCGAGCUCGGAGGCCUGUUCACCUGCACAGAUACCAGACUUGCACUAUGAGGCGUCCUAUUUGUCCAACCAGCAGACCAUCCCGCCAACACAACGGCCCGCGCCCUCGUCGUCCUGUCGCUUUAAGAACCGAGGCCCCGUCCCCGCCCACCAUGAGCUGCUCACCCACGAUCAGCUCCACACUUUGGGCCUCACAAACACUUACAUUAGGUCUGGGACCUCACCUGCUCCGCUGCACCCCCAACACCACUCACCUGAACACACACACUACUUGAGUCCGGAGAGCUGCCCUCAGGUUUACACUCCUCCCACACCUCCUUCCCCACCAAUGCCUCCCUCCAACGGCUACGUCACGCCCAGCGCCGGUCCGGGCCUGGUCCCAAGUUUAGCCACGCCCCCUUCAGCCUACCUGCUGGGCUCCACCUCAUCGCUGCACACCUGCUCCCCAGAGAAUAAAAAGAGGAGGAGAUCUGAGUCUGAGGAACCGUCGGCAGAAAUGGAAGCCACCUGCAGUGAAGGUGACGGGACUCAAGGUGGCAGUGUAGGGAACGGCAUCAGCAUUUUUGGAUCCUACCAGCUUCUAACAUGGGAACACUACAGGCUGGAACAUUGGAUCACCUCGUACGACGGCAGCUAUCAGACAAUGUCUCCUCCUGCCUACCACGUCGACACGGAUAAAGGCUUCAACUACUCCACAGCUGACGAGGCCUUCGUCUGCCAGAAGAAGAACCACUUCCAGGUCACCGUUCACAUCGGCGUUGCUGCAGAACCAAAAUACAUCAGAAUGCCUAGCGGGCCGCAGCAGGUUGACCACUUCCAGAUAAAAGUUUUCGGGGUCAAGCUGGAAUCUCCGAGCCACCAGGUGACCAUUGAGCAAUCUCAGCCCGACCGCAGCAAGAAGCCAUUCAACCCAGUCAGGGUCAGUCUGCCCAGCGGCAAAAUCACCAAGGUAACGCUCGGACGGCUGCACUUCAGCGAGACGACGUCCAACAACAUGAGGAAGAAAGGAAAACCCAACCCUGACCAGAGAUAUUUUCAGAUGGUGGUUGGUCUGUACGCUGCCGUGAAAGGAGACGAGACGUUCCUCCUCACAGCUUUGGUGUCGGAGAGAAUCAUCGUCAGGGCCUCUAACCCGGGUCAGUUCGAGAUGGACGGGGACGCCCUGUGGCAGCGCGGGGCGGUGCAGGACGCCGUGGUCUGUCAGGGCCGCGUGGGCAUCAACACCGACUCCCCCGAUGAGGCGUUGGUCGUCUGCGGCAACGCCAAGGUGAUGGGCGCCGUCAUGCAGCCGUCCGACCGCCGCGCCAAGGAAAACAUACAGGAGGUGGACUCUGAGCAGCAGCUGAAGAGAAUCACUCAGAUGAGAAUAGUUGAGUUUGAUUAUAAACCAGAGUUUGCCUCCACCAUGGGGAUAGACCACACCCACCAGACAGGUAUAAUCGCUCAGGAGGUGAAGGAGCUGCUGCCGUCGGCGGUGACGGAGGUCGGAGACGUUUCCUGUUCGGACGGAGAGAAGAUUCAUAACUUCCUCAUGGUGGACAAAGAGCAGAUCUUCAUGGAGAACGUCGGGGCGGUGCAGCAGCUGUCCAAGCUCACCGACAACCUGGAGACUCGGAUCAACGAGCUGGAGGUCUGGAACCGCCGACUGGCAAAGCUGAAGAGUCUGACAGGCAGCCUGCGCUCCAGCGGGAAAGGCAGGAAACACAGCAGUGUGUCGAUGACGACGAGUCAUGACACUAAGACUGGGAACGCUCAGAAACAAAGCUGGAGUCAGAAAUACAGCCACUGUCUGCACCGCAAAGUCCUCAAGGUCAGCAUCUUCGCCCUGCUGGCCACCAUGGCUUUCUGUGUCAUCUUCAUCACCGCUCUGUACUUAAUGAAUUUGAGGGACGAAGACAUUGACGAAAGCAGUAACGGCAGUGCGGUUCCUGUACAGCCCACCGCCUGGAGCAGCACAGUCCCACCCACCACUCCACCGGGCCCCUGGCCUCCAGACGUGGACUUCUGUGACCUGCUGUACUGUGAACGGGUGUACUGCUGUGAACCACCUGCAGGGGGCAGCACUGACUCCAACAUCACCGCCACCGAAGAAACAUCUAGUCUGACAGAAAGAAGAAAAGAAAAACUUUAUAAUGAACUGAAAAAGGCCAGAGACUGGACGAACACCACCAUCCAUGCUUUCAUGAUCAAAGAGAACCAGCAGGUGAUUGACAGUAAAUACUGCCUGAGAGACGAAUGUGGGCCGGGCAGAUACACCUUCAGAGUUCCCAUCAGCCAGUUUGUUCCAGUCAACAUGAGAGUCACGCUGCUCAUGAACUCCACAGAGCUGCUGGUGGUUCACCUGUGCAGCCUCGAUGAGUCGGCCACCUGCUCUACUCUGCUGGAUAUCAACACUGUCAUUAGGAGCGGAUAUUCAACAAACACACAGGGGGAACAUGAAUGGCCUCUUCAUGUCGCUCGUCUUCAUAACAGCUCGUAUCACUUUCGCUCCACAGUGGCUGGUCAAGCAGACUGCAGUACCGACCGUAACUACGCGGGGGCGCUCUUCACCGACUACCACUUCCACUUCUUUAGACGCUGCACAGACUCACGGACACACAUUUAAAGACAAAUAACUAAAUAAUAUUAAUAUAUUAAAUGCAAUUAUAUUAAAUAUUUGCUGUUCGCACAAAAGAAGACAAUCGGACUUCAUUAAGUCAUUUCUUUAGCUUUUACGUGUUUUUAAAGCUGCAAAUUCAUUUUUAUUGUGAUACUCGUCACUUUUGCUGAUAGAUUGUUCUGCGUAAUUGCCACAGUAGACGAGUUACAGUGGAGUUUAACCGUAUUCAGGCCAGUAAAAACAGAAAAGGGAAAUAUGAGUACAGUAUACAGUCGACCUAUGCAAACUGUGACGAGGCAUUGCUCAGUUCGAAAAGUGCCUGGAAGGAAUUAGUUUGCUGUUUUUGUGUUUUAGUUAUUCUUAUUGAUAAAGUGUAUUUACUGUGAAGUACUGAUCUCUUUCCAAUGGAACGGGAUUUUCAUCCUGUGUGGAAGAAAUUUGGGAUUAGUUUCAAAAUCCCAAGCAAAACGUUGAAUAUUUU